UCUACGCUGCGGCUGCGCAGUCCGUACCAUCUUCUAGGCUCCUGGGCCCUGUUGCGUUCUCUCUGGUGCAGGUUUACUCCAGUUCCAGCAUGUGGAGCCGACAGCGGGGCCGCCUCAAGCCGUUAUGCUGCGGGGUGGAGGAGCUACGGUGCCGCCGGCGGGAGCGGGAGGCAGCACUGCGGAAGGCACGGAGAGAGCAGCAGCUGGUCAGCAAGAGGCUGCUGAGAGACGAAGCCUUGGAGGAAGCCGAGGAGGGAUGUGUGGCCAUGAUCUUCGGGGAAGCCGAGAUCCAGCAGUUCCUGCAGUUAGCCCAGCGGGGGACAGAGGAAAAGGAGAGAGAGGGGGCUCUGGUCAGCCUUCGGCGAGGCUUGCAGCGCCCUGAGACGCAACAGACCUUCAUCAGGCUGGAGGGCAGCAUUCGGACCCUAGUCGGGCUCCUGACCAGCAACCAGGCCCUGCUGCAGCUUGAGGCGGCUCGGUGCCUUCAUGAGCUCUCUCACUCUGAGCAGUCUGCAGUAGUUGAGGCCUGCCUGCCAGCCACUUCCUACCUUCUCACCUACCUCUCCGGUCACAGCUCAGACUUUAUAGAGCUCUGUCUGUAUACACUGGGUAACCUGAUUGUGGAGAGUGAGGCUGUGAGAAGGCAGCUCCUGCCACAGGGCAUUGUUCCGGCCUUGGCUGCCUGCAUCCAGUCUCCCCAUCUGACUGUGCUGGAAGCUCUUGGAUAUGCCUUGUCCCAGCUUCUGCAGGCUAAGGAAGCUCCAGAGAAGAUCAUCCCCUCUGUCCUGGGCUCCACUCUCCCACAACAUAUGCUGCAACUGUUGCAACCUGGCCCAAAGCUGAACCUCGGAGUGGCUGUGGAGUUUGCCUGGUGCCUUCACUACAUCAUCUGCAGCCAGGUCAACAAUGCCCUGCUCAUCACCCAGGGUGCUCUGUCCACCCUGGGGCUGCUGCUGUUGGACUUGGCUGGGGCUGUCCAGAGAACUGAGGAUGCAGGACUGGAGCUGCUGGCAUGCCCUGUGCUUCGGUGUCUAAGCAACUUGCUAACAGAGGCAGCAGCAGAGGCUGUGGGAGGGCAACUGCAGCUCCGAGAUGAGCGUGUUGUGGCAGCCUUAUUUAUCCUCCUGCAGUUCCUCCUCCAGAAACAGCCCAGCCUGCUUCCUGAGGGCCUCUGGCUCCUUAACAACCUCACUGCAAACAGUCCUAGUUUCUGCACCUCCUUGCUCUCCCUGGAUCUGAUUGAGCCCCUCUUGCACCUGUUGUCUGUAUCUAAUGUGGUGAGCGUGUUGAGAAAGGUCCUGCUUACUGUCAGCGUCUAUGGCCAGGGCCCCUGCUCUCCUCCUUGCUGGACACGUUGGCCUUCUCUGACACUGAAGUAGUAGGCCAGAGUUUGGAGCUGCUGCAACUGCUGUUCCUCUAUCAGCCAGGGGUGGGUUUCUGGCCUUAGUCCCCAAUCCUUCUGUUCUGAAGCCUCUGGUCUCACCAUGGCCCCUUUCCUUCCAGUAACUUUAGUCAUUGCUCUGGGCCUGGCUAGCCUAUGUGGGCUCCAGGUCUGAACUUCCAUACUCUUGUUGGGAAUGCAUUCUUCCAAGAGGUGGGCUAACCCAUAAGGCUGUGGUAAUUGCGUGUUAGCACUGAGGGACCCAGUGUUGAAUCCUUUUCUUCCCUGCUCUCAGGCUGCCCAGGCCUUCUUGCAGCAGUCAGGGCUGCAGGCCCUACAAAGGCAUGAGGAGGUAGCACAGCUCCAGGAUCGUGUGCAUGCUCUCCAGCAGACAGCUCUUCAUGGGUGACUUGACUUCUCAAAGUCAUGUACUCCACUCCCCAUCUCCCCCACUCCCCAGCUUCCUGGCCCACAGAGCCCCUUUGGGAGGUUUAGAACCAUAAUGACAUCAUGCUCUCUGCUCCCACACCUAAGCCUAAGUCAAGAUCUCUGGAUCCCAGCUCCUCCUGUUUUACCCAGCAAUGUCCAGGCGGGAGGACCAGAGGGAACCCAGUGUGGCCUACUUAAGCUGGGUCCAUAGAAUCUCCUUUUUUCUUGUUCUUUCUUUCUUUUUUUUUUUUUCUUCAGCAGCUGGUGGCUUUUCAUGGGAUGGAAUAAAAUAAGUUUUAUUUUUAUAUUCA